UUUGAUGGAUUUUGUUAGUAUAAUGAGUUCUUGUUCAACCACUAUUGAUUUUUGUGAGGCUUGAGCAUUGAUAUGUGUAGAAAGUAUUUCACUAUGCCCAUGACUCUCGAUAUGAAAUAAAUGGAAAAAUGUCAAAGUAAUGCUUCAGCUCCCAGUGGGCAUCAUGGCAUGGUAUUUUACAGUGGAAGAUCUCAGUGCACCCUACUGGUGCAUUUAUACUGUAUAAUACAGUGCCACAGGAUAUUAUGGUCCUGUAUUACAGUGUUUCCGUGAUUCUGACAUGCAGGUUUCAUUAAAAAACUUGUACCAGGUGAAUUCACGAAGGUCAGAACUUCCGUUCUCUUACUUAUUUAGAACAAUUGAGAUAGAGGGAACAGGACACUGCUAAACCCAGGACCUUUCUGUAGGACAUGUCAUAUAGAGGAGGGAGAGUCUGAGAACAGAAUCUGCAAUAUCAAGUUGUUUGGGCAAGGUAUUUAUUGCUUAUUGUCACAAAGAGAGCAUGUGGAAGGAAGGAAGGAAGGAAAGGAGCAAAAAGUGAUUGUUUUGGGAGGACCAAAGGGUUUGGCGAAGCAUGCUAUUCACUAUUCAAGAAGGGCGGGGUGGAGUGUCCGUGUCAGCUGGCCAGCAUCCAGAUAUUGUUUGGACCAAAAAUAAGCAGACCUCCUCUCUACUUCCAAUCAGCAGAUCCCUGAAAAUGGAGUUGGGAAAAUGAAGUUCUGAGCUUGUUAAAUAAAGGCAGACAAAAGGAGGAAUUCCAAAGAGGGAUGGGGGCUUGAAGAUAGAUUAAGAAAUAGAUAGAAGAUAGAGAAAUUGAAGAGAUUGACAAGGGGAGAGGGUUUAGAAGUGGAAGAGUACAAAAAACAAAGAAAAGGAGAAAGGAGACAAGCUGUAUAAAUAGAGAAUGUUUCUCAAGGUUUUUGGAUUCAUAAAUAGGGCUCUUACAUGUCUUAUGUCCUUAGCCUGCUGACAUAGAUAAAACUUAAUGAGCAGAGUUUAUUUGACAGUCAACAGAGAAUAUAAAAUCUCAAUAAGUAAGAAGGACCUUGAAAGCUGAGAGAACUAUUUUUUUUUUUUUUUUUUUUUUUACAUUCUGACUGUAUUUGGGGAGAUAGCAAAAAGAGAUUUCAAGUGAUACUAUGUUUAUGAUAAUAAAUUGUAAAUGAAAAACCUAUCAAGAAGAAAAUGACAAACUGCUUUUGAUUUUUUCUCAUUUGACUCACAAAACUUAAACUCGGUAAUUUCAUAACCUUUUAUUCUAGAUUCUUUUUAUUAGCUUGGUUUAGUUUAUCAUUAAGGUAAUGGUAAUGUCAUUGAACAUCUAUCACCAUGGUAUUAAGUGAAAUUACAUUUAGAUAAAAUGCUCUCAUGAUUACAGGAGAGGUAUGACAGGAACAAACACUCAGUGACAGAUCGUUUCCCACACCAAAUGUGGAGGAGUCUUCUAUUGCUAUAUGCUGAAUAAAGCCAGAGGGCUUAUGUCAAUUCUCUUUUCAUUUUUCUUGUGAACCUGCUUUUGUCAACCUUCUUCUCAUACCUUUAGCAUCUCCAUUUCUAUUGCCACAGAGAUACUCAAGAAAAACAGUGAGUUUUCUCACAGGAUCUUCUGGGGGAAGUUAGUGCUUGCUGUUCUUUGAAGUUACCAGCUGAAUUUGCAAGAGAACAGAGCACUUUACUGGACUGACAUAGCACAAAGCAGGAGGAAGAGAAGAGAGAAGAUAGAAAAGAGGAGCAAAUCUUGGCUUAAGAGCUCUGCAGAGGAAAAUGAUUUCUUGUAUGACCAAAAACCAAGCCAGGUGGCUUCUUCUGCAUCAGAGGAAGAUGGGGAAGACCAGAAGAAUGUUUUUGAUGGAACUAGGAAGAAGAAAAGGUUUCAGAGUAGAAAGUGAGCUAAGUGACUCUGUCACUCAUAUUGUGGCUGAGAACAACUCUUACCUGGAGGUGCUGGACUGGCUGAAAGGACAGGCUGUGGGUGACAGCUCUAGGUUUGAACUACUGGAUAUCUCCUGGUUUACAGCCUGCAUGGAAGCGGGAAGACCAGUUGAUUCAGAACUGAAGUAUCAUCUUAUGGAGCAACGUCAAUCUCCUCCUCUGAAUGUACCUGAAUUGGAAAUGCCAGCAUUUACUGCAACAAAAGUAUCUCAGUAUUCAUGCCAGAGGAAGACAACUUUAAAUAACUACAACAAGAAAUUCACGGAUGCCUUUGAGGUAAUGGCUGAAAAUUAUGAGUUCAAAGAAAGUGAAAUAUUCUGCCUGGAAUUUUUAAGGGCAGCUUCUUUGCUGAAAUCUCUUCCAUUUCCAGUAACGAGAAUGAAAGAUAUACAAGGGUUGCCCUGCAUGGGAGACCAAGUCAGAGAUAUCAUUGAGGAGAUUAUUGAAGAAGGAGAGAGUUCUAGAGUUAGAGAAGUGUUAAAUGAUGAGCGAUACAAGGCAUUUAAGCAAUUUACUUCCGUCUUUGGAGUGGGAGUGAAGACAUCUGAGAAAUGGUACAGAAUGGGUUUGCGAACUGUGGAAGAGGUAAAAGCUGACAAGACCCUGAAGCUGUCAAAAAUGCAGAAAGCAGGGUUUCUCUACUAUGAGGACCUUGUUAGCUGUGUAUCUAAGGCAGAAGCAGAUGCAGUAAGCUUGAUUGUCAAGAAUGCUGUGUGCACAUUUCUACCGGAUGCUUUAGUUACCAUAACUGGUGGUUUCAGGAGGGGUAAGAAGAUUGGACAUGACAUAGACUUUCUGAUCACCAGUCCAGGACCAGGAGAAGAUGAUGAACUUCUGCAUAAAGUUAUUGACUUAUGGAAAAGGCAGGGCUUACUCCUUUAUUGUGAUAUCAUUGAAUCAACGUUUGUAAAGGAGCAGCUGCCAAGCAGAAAAGUUGAUGCCAUGGAUCAUUUUCAGAAGUGUUUUGCAAUUUUAAAACUAUGUCAGCCAAGAGUAGACAACAGCACUUGCAACACAUCAAAAAAAUUGGAAAUGGCAGAAGUCAAAGACUGGAAGGCAAUCCGUGUGGAUCUGGUCAUAACCCCCUUUGAGCAAUACGCAUAUGCUCUGUUAGGUUGGACAGGCUCCAGGCAAUUUGGACGUGAUUUGCGGAGGUAUGCUUCACAUGAAAGGAAGAUGGUAUUGGAUAACCAUGCAUUAUAUGACAGGAGAAAGAGGAUCUUUCUCAAAGCUGGAAGUGAGGAAGAAAUCUUUGCACAUCUUGGCUUGGAUUAUGUCGAACCAUGGGAAAGGAAUGCUUGAAAUGAUUUGCCAGUGUACGUUCAUCAGUUGACAGCAAUGGUCUUUCUGCUCAUCUUGCAGUCUGGUUUUGCUAUAUAUACAUAUAUAUAAUACGUGUUUCUAUCACAACUAAAAAAAUUAACUAAGUAUUAGAAGCCAUUUGCACAUGCUAAUGUUCCUAGAGGAUAAGAGUUUAAGUUUUUCAAAAUCUUUUCCAAUCUUUUCUGGUUUUGAAGUUUCUAUGUGAGAGUGGUAAGACUGAGCUUGUUUUGGGGGGGGAAACUUGGAACUGAUGAGGUUUUUGCUUAUGAUAGGAAUUUAACAUUAGUAUGAACAAUACUUGCUUUUUAAAAUAGUCAGCUAGAACAAUACGUAAAUAAUUCAAAACAUUUGAGCUGAGUCAAAACAUUACUGAAAUGUAUGCUGGUCUGUAACUGUAUUUCUUAUGUAUUUUGCUGUAUCUGUGUAUAAAAUUGCUCAGAAUAUAACACUUAAUGAUCUAGGCAGUAACUACGUCGCAGUCUCAGCAACUUGAGGCUUCAGUUGUAAUAUUUUUCCAGGUAGGACACCAUUCUAUAAAAACUGUAAACAAGUUGACAAUUCAACGAGAGUUAAAAAACAUUUCACAGGAAGGGAUUUUGAAAGGAAAAGUGGAAUAACUCAGUAGCAAUCUUCAAUUGUACAGAAAAAUACUAUAAAUUUAGAAUACUGAUUUGGACUAAAGAAGAUUCAGAUUAUGUGGGGUGAUGGUCCUCAAUCAGGAAUUUGAAUCAUAUCAAUUUGAAGCAUGAGAACCACUGUUUUAACUGUCAGGCUGGUGACUGCUCCAGGACAAAAUAUUUUAAUUAUCCGUGCUCAAUUUAGAUAGCUGGAAAUUUAUUUAUUAGUAAGUGUAAAUGCAUUGGAAUGGGAACUUGUGAAAACUUGAGCUGUUGGGCUAUUGGCUGCUCUAGAGUGGUAUUUCCAGAAUAGAAUUUAGUCAGAAAUUCAUCUAGGAUGUGAGAGGCUUUCUGAUAAAAGCCCUACAAGAUAUUUUGGUUUCAGAAAAUGUCCAGGUAACCUUUGUGACCAUAGUGAUAAUGAAGGAUUUAUAAUACAUUUAUCCUUUAAUAAACAGGGGCAUUCAGAGCUUUAGGAAAUGAAGCUAUUUACUGACCAUCUGCCAUUUGUAGAAUAAAGGUGAUUAAGAACACCAGGACUGAUCAAAUAAUUUUCUUUCUUAGAAGUCUGAACUUUUUUUCCUCUGUUGAGGCUGACUACACCUCUUGUCAUGAUGAGGAAAGAAUGGCAAUGACAGGGCUGUGCACAACAGUUAUUACUGACAGUGAAGGCUUCCCAUAUUCAAACAGUAUUUGAUACUAAGAAACAGUAUGCUUAAUUUUUUUACUCAUUACUUUCAACUGGGGAAUAGACUUUUAGAGGAUUGUGUUGUAAGCUAUUCUAAAACCUCAGUCAGGGUUUUAGAAAAAUGGGAUAAUGGCAGGAACUUGCUUCUUGCCUGUUUCAAUAAAACCAUCCUAUUUAAGUACAGUUUUGCUGACUGAGCUGAAAAUACAAUGCUACUUCCUAAACUCCUGUAACUAUAAAGCACUGGCAUUGCUUCCUGCUUUACAGUGCUGAUGUAUGAAGUAUCUUCUCUGUGUUUUUCAUCAGGAUGCUGACACUUAAGUGGCAGCGACAUUUUUCAGUCCUAAUGGAAGAAAACAAAAGCUAUGUUACCUUGCCUGAAUAUUCUUUCUACUUGGCCAACAUUUAUCAGAAAUUAUACAUUCUGGUUGUGCGGUUUCUGCAAACUUCAAGACACACAUGAAAUAUCAAACAUUCUGAAUUCCACAUAAAUAAAUAACUCCCAUCUUGGGUGCCUAUGCAUCACUUAUAAUGAUACCACCUGUAAGGGAAAAGUUACCAACACAAGUUCUGUCAGCUCCUCCAAGACUGGAAGAAAUCAGCAUAUCACUUUAUUCUUUUAUUUCCUUCAAUUUUUCUGAACUUUAGAAUACAUCUUAGAGAUUGCUCACUGAAUCAACUAUUAUAAAAAAUUAUGGAACUGAUAAAUGAGGGGUUGUGUUAAAGAGAAGAGCAGAUUAGAUGACCAGGAUGGUUUGACCAUGAAGACAAUGCACACCCUCACUGGAGAAGCUGCUACCCCAGUCACUGUCACAGGUACCAUGUGCAGGAUCAUCCCUGGUAGCACCAGCCAAACUAGUCAGCUGAGACUAUAGUCAGAAAAGAUAAAAGUCAUACAGGAGGCCUGGGAUGGAACAGGUUAAAGGAAAUAAACCCUUUAUCAGCUGAGCGUAUCUGGAUCCAUGAGCUAGUGAAAACUCCCUCUAGUGUGAUGGAACUGUUGGAGUCAAUGGCAGCAAAUCUUCUGAACUCAUGAAGGACAGGUGAGGCCUCGGGGCCUGGAAAGGGCAAGAACAGACCAAUGUUUUUAAUAGGAGGAAGGGAAGAGAAUUUCAGAUCAGUGCACUUAAUACCUCCUAAAUUGCUAGAAUGAUUAAUAGACUGUGUUUUUAAAGCACCUAGAGGAAAAGAAAGUGAUAAGUUAUUGGUAACUUGUUCAUCAGAAACAAAUCAUAUCAAAGUAAUUCAGUUGUAAAGUCCCUGGAGGCUGUUUUCUAAAAUGCCUGUCCCUCCUCCCCUGCUUUUACACCGAGGCAAUUUGGCAAGUAUUGAGUAGAGAAGGAUCACUGGUUUAAUAAGCAUCUUCAUACUAACUCUCUAAGAAUUAAUCUGUAACUCUAUCUCUGGGAAAAAGUGAAAAGUAAAAGGAAAGCCAAUUUUUUGGGUUUUUUUCAUGGUUUGAAGUAAUAUAUGAUUUGUCAAAUAAUCUCUUAAGGCAAAGGCAAUGAGAUAUGUUUAGUUCGGUGAGUAAUAACGUAGUUAAUGUCUAGAGGACUAAUGCACUGAAGGAAGAGCUAAUUCUAUCUACACAGCUCUACAAAAUUGCAAAUCUGGACAACCUAAAUACUCACACAACUGAAGCCACAUGGACUUUCUGCAAAUAACUGGAAACCUGAGAACUGCUGCUACUUCGCAUAAAUAACUCCAGAAUGUUAAAAAAACCCAACCCCAAGGAUUCGCAUAUGUUAUAAUCCCCAAAUAAAAUGUCUUUUCUACUGUUUA